AUGGGAUGGCUCGAGCUUCAGCUCUCUCGAGCAAGUACCCAGACUCUCGAAAUCGAAUGGGCCGUCGCGGAUAAUCCAGAAUGGCCACUAUUCAAGGACGAGCUACUCGAUAUAUUUACCCGUUGGGCACCUAUCGAGCGCUGGCACUCCUUGCGAGUCACCGAGCUCGCACCACGCCAUAUCCCAUUCUUUAGAUCGCUCAUCUUCACUAAAACUUUUGAAAAUUUGGAGUCUUUCGUCUGGGAAAGCUUCGACGAGGAACGGCAUACUAUGCUUCCCUUGGUGGACGCACACCUUCCACCUUUGCCGACGAGCAAGUUUCGACAAUUCGAAUGUGACUUCCAUAUCGACCAUGCGCAACUCCAUGGUAGUAUCGCCACGCUUAUUCAGUAUACAUCACGAUUCUGGACACAGGAUUUGCGAGAUUUCGGAGAGCAUUUUCUACCUCCCAACGUUCACGAGCUCCUGGUGAGCCGCCUCCCUGAUUUUCCUCUUCCCCACGUGACGUCGAUCCGAAUCUCUUCGCUCCAUAAUCUCAACUCCACGACUCUCCCAAAUGUUUCAUCCCUCACAAUCCGACUCUUAGUGCCUAGGACGUUUCCGCUUCCUGUAGAGUUCGACACGCUGAGGGAACUUAGCGUGGCUGUUGUCGAUUUUCAAUUACUCGAGAUGAUUCAAGCGCCGAAUCUCCACUCCCUGAGCAUCGGUGCGCCAACCGAGUUAUACGUUCCCCGACGGAGUCAUAUCAAUCGUAUCAAAAAGGAGAGCCUGCUGCGUGUAUUUGCGCAAGGAAGUCAAUACUCGCUCAACCCUCCACAAUUAUCAAUCCGUCACCCUUUUCCACUCGACAUCCUCGAGCAUGUGGUGCGACAUGCAAAAGAUACGACACAUCUGAGUGUCAAAUUUCGAAAUACGUAUGACAUGGGUCUCUUCAUCAGCAGAGUGCUCCUACCAGCGCCGUCUAUGCACCCGUCAAUUUCUAGCCUGGCUUCGAAGCACGUAGGACCAACUUAUGGGGACGACAUCACAUGUCCUGACUUAAAAAUGCUCACUCUGGACCUUGAACGGCCACGCCUAUUGAAAGAGCACUCUUCCCUCCGCUGGCGCGUAGAUCAGCACCUCAUUGCACUGUACAGUCGGAGACUGUUCAUUGUGCGGAAAGGAUCAUCUUUGGAGGGAAUCUCAUUUGUGGUAGAUAGGCACUGGCGACGCUUUAGCGCUACUGAACUGGAUGCUCUUCACGUCGACGGUCACGAAACCGAGGAGUUGGAAGAUGGAUAUCAUAUUAACCUAUGA